CAACGCUAACACGCGGAACUCUAUCCUGUCAGGCGAAAUGAUUCGUUAGAUUGAGCGAGGUUAAUUUCUACAAUAAAUUUAAUAAUCAAACAGCAUUGUCGGUGAUUGGCUCUCCAAUUGGACUCUCAUAUUACUAAAAUAAAUCGUAAAAAUGGUAGAAACGAAGAGUGAUCAGGCCGGAGAGGAGGGUCCACCGAAGACAGCGAAACAGUUGGAGAAGGAGGCGAAGAAACUUGCGAAAUUAGAAAAAUUCAAACAGAAGCAGGACAAGAAGGAGAACUCUGCGGGGUCCAGUGUCAAACAGAAGGAGAAGAAUGAGAAACCAGAAAGGAAGAAAGAAAUCAAGGAGUCCGUAGUUUACGAGAUUGCCACCCCUCCGGGCGUAAAAAAAGACGUGUCCAUUCCGAUGCCGGACGCCUACAGCCCCCAGUUCGUGGAGGCAGCCUGGUACCCCUGGUGGGAGCGCGAGGGCUUCUUCAAGCCCGAGUACGGCAGGAAAUCCCUGUCCGAGCCCAACCCCAAGGGGACCUUCGUGAUGGUCAUCCCUCCGCCGAAUGUUACUGGUUUCCUUCAUCUGGGGCACGCCCUGACGAAUGCUGUCGAGGAUGCCAUCACCAGGUGGAACCGCAUGAAGGGCCGCACCACCCUCUGGAACCCGGGAUGUGAUCACGCAGGGAUCGCUACUCAGGUCGUGGUGGAGAAGAAGAUCUGGCGCGAGGAGCAGAAGACUCGGCAUGACUUGGGGCGAGAGAAGUUCAUCGAGAAGGUAUGGCAAUGGAAGAACGAAAAAGGUGGCAGGAUCUACGAGCAACUGAAGAAAUUGGGGAGUUCCUUCGACUGGGACCGCGCCUGCUUCACCAUGGACCCCAAGCUCUGCAGAGCCGUGAUCGAGGCCUUCGUCCGUCUCCACGACGAGAACAUCAUCUACAGGAGCAACAGGCUUGUCAACUGGUCGUGCACCCUGAAGAGCGCCAUCUCCGACAUCGAAGUCGACAAAGUUGAGCUCUCGGGGAGAACCCCUCUACCAAUCCCCGGUUACACCGAGAAAAUCGAGUUCGGAGUUCUGGUGCAUUUCGCCUACGAAGUCGAGUCCUCCAGCGAGAAGCUCAUCGUGGCCACCACCAGGAUCGAAACGAUGCUUGGAGACACUGCCAUCGCAGUCCACCCCAAUGACAAGAGACAUCAACACCUCGUUGGGAAAUUCGUGACUCAUCCCUUCUGCAGCAGAAGAAUUCCAAUCAUUGCUGAUGACUUCGUGGACACGGAGUUUGGCUCUGGAGCUGUCAAAAUCACUCCAGCGCACGAUCCCAAUGACUACGAAGUUGGAAAACGUCAUAACUUGCCGUUCAUAACGAUUUUUGAUGACGAGGGCACGAUCAUCGGGGAUUAUGGCGAAUUUACUGGGAUGAAGAGAUUCCACGCAAGAAAAGCCAUCUUAAAAGCCCUCACCACCAAAAACCUCUUCAUUGAGAUCAAAGACAACCCAAUGGUGGUGCCAAUAUGCAGUAGAUCGAAGGACAUCGUGGAGCCCAUGAUAAAACCCCAGUGGUACAUUAGAUGCGACGAGAUGGCGGCUGAUGCAGUUGAGGUCGUGACCUCUGGAGAACUGAAGAUAGUUCCAGAGCAGCACAAGAAGACAUGGCACCACUGGAUGGAGGGCAUCAGGGAUUGGUGCAUCUCCAGGCAGCUGUGGUGGGGCCACAGGAUUCCAGCGUACUUUGUUACUUUCACUGGGUCCUCGAGACCGGCAGAUGUCUCUGAUGACGACCUCUGGGUGUCUGGGAGGUCCGAAGACGAGGCGAGAAGAAAAGCUUCUGAGAAGUUCAAUGUUCCUGAGGGAGAGAUCAGCCUCAAACAGGAUCCUGAUGUCUUGGACACCUGGUUCUCCUCAGGAUUAUUCCCAUUUUCAAUAUUUGGGUGGCCCGAUGAGACCGAGGAGCUGAAGGCCUUCUAUCCUGGAACCCUCCUCGAGACUGGACACGACAUUCUGUUCUUCUGGGUCGCGAGGAUGGUGUUCUUGGGGAAGAAGCUUCUAGGGAAACUCCCCUUCAAGGAGGUCUACCUCCAUGCCAUGGUCAGGGAUGCCCAUGGCAGGAAGAUGAGCAAGUCCCUUGGGAAUGUCAUCGACCCCAUGGACGUCAUCAAGGGUGUCACUCUGGAGAACCUUCAUGAGCAGCUGGUGGAGUCGAAUCUCGACCCCAGGGAGCUGAGGAACGCCAUCGAGGGGCAGAAGAAGGACUAUCCUCAGGGGAUUCCGGAGUGCGGGACUGAUGCCCUGAGGUUUGCACUCUGCGCUUAUACCUCGCAGGGACGAGACAUCAAUCUGGAUAUCCUCAGGGUACAGGGCUACAGGUUCUUCUGUAAUAAAAUUUGGAAUGCCACCAAGUUUGCUCUUAUGUAUCUGGGGGAUUUCAAGUGUGAUGAGGAUAAUGAGAAGAGAAAUGUCAACGGGUCGAAAAUUGGGGAUAAAGACUGGUACUUGAAGCUGCUAGCUGAGGAAUGCAUUCAAGACUCGUUGAACGAUUAUUUAGGAGAAUUCCCGUAUCUCGAUGGCUACACGCCAUCGCAAGCAGACAAUAAAAUUGCAAAAAUACUCGAUAAGAUUGAGAUCGAUGGGGAGAGGAGGAACCUCAAGCGGUGGCAGGGGCACAUGAGGAGCUUCAGUCAGAACGAGAAAAUUUCGUUUAGAUCGGAAAAUGGGGAGUUUAUGGCUCGGUGCACAUCGAGAUCCUCCUCGACUAUUCCUGGGGGAUUUCAGCUCACAGGACACGAGUCAAAUGUCGACCUGUGGAUGCUGUCGAGAGUGAGUCACGCAGUGAAAACUUGUGAUGAAGGGAUGGCUGAGUAUGAUUUCAAUGCAGCCACCACUGCCUGCUACAAUCUCUGGCUCUACGAUCUCUGUGACGUGUACCUGGAAUAUUUGAAGCCAGUGUUUCAGUCCGGAACCCCAGAGCAAGUUCUCGCCGCCAGGAAGGUUCUAUUCAAGACUCUGGACGUGGGACUGAGAUUACUCAGUCCAUUCAUGCCUUUCAUCACCGAGGAGCUGUACCAACGAUUACCAAGAUCCAAUUUAACGUAUCCUAGUAUCUGUGUGAGUCCGUAUCCAGAAGUUUCAGAGUGCCCAUGGAGGAAUGAAACCAAGGAGAAAGACGUUGACUUUGCGUACAAACUAAUAAAGAGUAUUAGAUCAGCCCGAUCAACUUACAAUUUACCAAAUAAAACUAAAACUGAUGCCUACAUCGAGUGCAGCGAUCCAAAUCUGCAAAGACGUCUUGAUGAUUACAACUUGAUGAUUGGAACUCUCGCUUACUCGAAUGUUCUGGAUGGAAAGGCACCUCAGGGGUGCGCUAUCAUAACUGUAACUGAUAAAGUGCAAGUUCAUUUGUUGCUCAAGGGCCUGAUUGACCCCCCGAAGGAGCUGGAGAAACUCAUGAAGAGAGAGGAGCAGCUGAAGUCAACGAUUCAGAAAUUAAAACAGGCGGUGGCAGCCAGCGACUACACGACCAAGGUCCCUGCUGAAGUUCAGAAAAAUAAUUCUGAGAAACUCGUCAACAGUGAAGGCGAACUCGAGCAAAUUGCUGGGGCCAUGCAAGCGCUACGGUUAAUGUUAUAAUGGGGGAUUUUUUAGCACUCUUGGUCAUUUAUGAACAAAUAUAAUUUAUUAAAAAGAAUGAAAAAUA